ACAUCUCGUUACCAUAGUUACUCUUUACUAUCGAUGAGAAAGAAAAUUUUUAAAUUUCAUUUCCAAUUGUUCGUCUAAAUUGUUCCGUUAAUUGUGAAGCUUUUCAAUAUUGAUUGUUAACUAUUUCGAGGUUAAAUGAUUUCCAACAGCAGAUUUAUAUUGUGAUUCAAUCAACUCAUUUUCUUGGUACCGCUUUUUUUUUUUUUUUUUUUCAUCGGUGGUUAAGGUUAAUUUAAUCGCUUUGAUUAUUUUGUUGUCAUCUCUUGGUUUACAUUUUAUUUGAGUGCAAAAGGAUUUUGGAUAGAGGUUACUCCGGUUAAGCUUUUUACUGAGGUGUGAUGGAAGGCUCAGUUAGAAGGAAAAUUUUAUUCUCAUCUAUUUGUGCUAUUUGUCAUGAAAAUGGUUUCGCUUAUGCUGAAAGACCUGCAGUUGAAACUUUACUGGAAAUGUUGCAAUCACUUAUUUGUGAAAUUGGACGAACAAGCCGCCAAUACUGUGAACAUGGUGGACGAACCGAGCCCAAUGUUGCCGAUAUUGAUAUAGCACUUGUUUGCCUUGGUAUUAGGUCAGACGGUAUUCCUGAUUAUGCUAAAAGAUCAGAACGGAUUGUGUUACCACCGCCAGGGAAAGCACCUAGUCAACCAAUGCCUAAAAUAUUACAAGCGGGUGAUAAGAAACCACUGCCACCUUAUAUUCCAGAUUAUUUUCCAUCAUUUCCAGAUGCUCAUGCUUAUAUUAGGACGCCAACAUAUAAACAACCGGUGACUGAGUAUGAAGCAAUUAGAGAGAAAUCGGCUACUCAAAAGCGAGAUGUUGAAAGAGCGUUAACUAGAUUUAUGGCUAAAACCGGAGAAAAUGCAGUAUCUCAUUCACUUUUUCCCGAUGAACAAUUAUCUAAUCUUUAUCCAUUAAUUGAACCUAAAUUAAAAUCAAACGUUUAUCUAGAAGCUCUUUUACCAAAAGAUCAGAUAUUUGAGGAUGAAGAUGAAGACACAACGGAAGAUAAAGAAUCACCAAGAAAAUCGUCUCUUAACAAACCAUCAACUUCUGGUGAAGCUCAAGGAGGUGAAACGGAAGCUAAUUCAGCAAAUGCUACAAGUGAAAAUCCUCCACAAGAAGCAGAAGUUCUUGACAAUCCAUAUUUAAGAGAACCCAAGUUGUACAAUGCUUCGUCUUCUUGACCAAACUAAAUCAACUUGAAACAUUUGAGAAAAUGUGUUUUUUUCUUCUAUUUCUCUUCAUGCCUUAAUAACUGAACCAUUUUGUAAAAUUUACGGUUACACAAUUCUUAAGAUCACCUUAUAAAGAACUAAAUGAGUCCAUUUCUACACAAUUAAAAUCCUCUGAUAGUUGUGACCAGUCAAA